UGGUGAUUUCUCACUGUGAUAUAUAAUUUCUGUGUGCAUCAUACGGUGGACUACCGUACCGUACUUAGAAUUGCAGCGGCAGCGCUUGCUUUCGACAGGCUUCGCCCAGAGGCCUCGGAACCUCCACACACACUCUCUCCCCCACUCAGGCACGCAUGCUCUCUCAGCCAACUUUCACUUCCCUUUCCCUCCUUCCUUCUCUCACCUCUCCCACUCGCAUGCUCCGACCAUCCUGAACCUUCGCUCGCUCGCUCGCCUGCGCAUUUGGUUCUGGUUUUUGUUGUCCACUUCCUUUGCUCUUCAUCCUCUCCUUCUCCUAACCUCCACACACUCGCUCACCCGUUCUUUCUUUCUCUCCUUUCCUUUCCUUUUUUUUUCCCGCCCUGCUCGCUCCGGUGUGCCCUGCCCUCCUAGCCGUAGCGUAUUUACAUAGCAUCUCCGCGUCGCCCCUGUCAGCCGCCGACUGCUGGAGGGAGGGAGGCUUCCUCUCACUUGCUUCAUACGCACUCCCCUCAGCUCUCGUCCUUCACAACCUCGCACCCCUCCUCCCCUCUUGUUCUCAACCUUCUCACCCCCUCCUCAAUUCUUAUUUUAAUAACUUGCUGUCUCAACUGUUAUUACCAUUCGAAAUCUCAAGCAUCCGAUAGCCUCUUACCCGAUACCUCUGGUUAUUCUUCGAAACCCAGAGAGGCUACUCGAAGCUACGCCAAUUCUAUCCCUUUCCCUGCCGCUCGGCACCAGCCUCCCCUAGUGGUUCGUCUACUCCACACACACACACACACCCGCUUUCCGUCCGUUUCCUGGCAUAGCUUUUAGAGUUCCCUCUAAUAUUUGCCCCCUCUCGUUUCUACACUUCGCUGGCCGAAUAUUGGGUCUUGACCCAUUCCCCCUCUAUCACUCCUAGAGCUGAGUGUGAGCUUUCGUGUCCUACUCUCACCACGGUUACCAUCGGUACAUUUUAGUCACCAAUCAUCUUCUCAGGUCAGACGGAGCAGCACUGUUUGAACUAUUGUGCGGUUACUUGAUCUCGGAAUUAGUAUUUGCUGCUAAAGGAUAAUACUUGGUUCAUUUGUCACUAGAGAUUUAUGACGUUGAGCGUUGAAACGGGUGUUCCCCCGUCUCCCAAUCCGCAACAAGCAACUUCUUGCCCGAGCAACCAGUUGAGCGGCUCUCGAAGGCGGUACACGGUUGGAUCUCCAACUUCUUCUAAUUUCAAGCCAGUCGUCGUUUAUCCCCCCCCCCCUCAGCCUUCCCCACAAUUCCUGCCUCUCGUAUCGCCUAACACAGAGCUUUCGCCUCAUCCUCGCAGUUUCUCAACCGAGCAGCGCCCGAACACCAGAGGCAGUUCGCCGUCACCUCGAGCAAUUCGCCGUCAGGUUUCAGCAUCACCGGAGCGCGGUGGCCAGGAUAGGUUGCAAGGGGCCGGUGGUUCUUGGUUAGGGAAUGGGCGGAGGAAUUACGGGCAACAGUCUGGAGCCAAGCAUACUUCGCCAACAAUGGCUGGAAGGAGGGACGAGUCUGGGCCGUCGAUGACACUACCUCACACACGGCCUCCUUUCAAAAAUCGGGGAACAAAUUCAUCAACCCAAUCCAAUUCGUUGCCUUCCACACCAAAUCAUCAUCCUCGUCAGCCCAAUGGAGCCUCUCGGAGCCCUUCCCCAACGUCUGCUCUUGAUUCGCCAAGGUCGGCGGCGUCAGAGCCGCUCAUUCCAUCUAUCCAGAAGGCGCCCACGGUGUCGCCUAGAACGUGCAAAUAUGAGACAGGGCUGGCUAACAUCCGGAGGCGAAUGCCAUACUCUUUGGGGAUCGACAAGCUUGGGAAUGAGAAGCCGAAGGCCGAAAGGUUGUCGGUUGAACAGGAGGGGAAGUUUACCGAGGAUAUGAAGAGUUUAUUCGAGAAAUUGAAGCCAUGCGAGGCUAGCGGUGAUCGGAGGCGGAGAUUUUUGGAAAAGCUUGAGAGGCUAUUGAAUAGGGAGUGGCCAGGCCACGAUAUACAAGUGCAUGCUUUUGGAUCAACCGAAAAUCACCUUUGCAUGAUCGAUUCAGAUAGUAUGUUUCUGUCCACAGUCUGUCGGUGCCGGGCUAACCUUGUGCAGUUGAUGUGUGUAUAAAGACUAGUUGGGAUGGGCUCAAGUCAACAUGUUACUUGGCAGCGAGGCUUGCUAAAUGUUUGUUCCUCGGAUUGGAUUAUUUUGGUGAAAAGAUGGUGAUCUAAUGAAUAUCAUAGGUGGUAUGGAACGGGUGGUUUGCGUGCCCGGGGCCAAGGUUCCGAUCGUAAAGAUCUGGGACCCUGAGUAUCAGGUUGCUUGUGACAUGAACGUCAACAGCACUCUGGCCUUGGAUAAUACCAAGAUGAUUAAAACCUAUGUCGAGAUUGAUGAGCGGGUUCGACCGCUUGCCAUGAUCAUCAAACAUUGGACAAAAAAGCGGGUAUUAAACGAUGCUGGUGAGUUGGAACUUGGUAUUACCUUGCUCGAAUAAAUUCUGACACAACGCACAGCCGGUGGUGGAACCCUGAGCUCCUACACCUGGAUUUGUAUGAUUUUAAACUUCCUGCAGACUAGAGAUCCACCUAUCCUGCCCGCUUUACACCAGAGGCCCCAUAAAAAACGGCCCCCUAUAAACGGAGUUGAUAUAUCUUUCGAUGACGAUAUCGAGACGCUGAAGGGGUUUGGGCACAAUAACAAGGAAACCUUGGGGGAGCUGCUUUUUGCCUUUUUCAAAAAGUACGGGCACGAGCUAGAUUAUGAGAAGAAGGUCAUAUCGGUCCGCCAUGGAAAGCUUCUGUCUAAGGAAGAAAAGAAUUGGCAGUAUCUUCAGAAUAACCGACUUUGUGUUGAGGAGCCAUUCAACUUUACUCGAAACCUGGGCAACACGGCUGAUGACUCGUCAGUUCGCGGACUUCAUUUGGAAUUCAGGAGGGCGCAUAGGAUGCUAUCAGAGGAUGCGGAUUUGGCUGCUGUUUGCGAGCAGUACGAGUUUCCUCCCGGGGAGCCCCAUGUAUCAAUACCGAUCCAGCAGCCGGUGCAUCGCCCUGUUACCCUCUCUCGUAGCUAUUCUAACCACAAGUCACGGGGAGGAUAUAACAACAGAGGCAAUCGGCCACAGCAUUAUAUGAAUGGCAACCGGAAUGGCAACCGGAAGCCCGGCAACAACAGUAAUUACAACAAUCAUUCUAACAAUGCUCCUCACCAGCAUCACUAUCUGUCGCCUGAGGUGUUUGGAUAUGUCCAGACCCCGCAGGAGCAGCUGCUGGCUUUGCAAGCUCAAUUCCAUCAUGCCCGUGUUGCCCAGGCUCAGCUCGCACAAGCUCAUGCUCAGCUGCAUGGACAGCAGACCCAGACCCAGGCUUCUAGUGGCUCUGCUAAUGCUCAUGGAUCCACGCUGACAGCCCAAGACCUUGCAGCUAUGAAUCCUUUGUCGUCCUAUGCAUAUUUUGCACAGCUCUGGGGGAUGAAUUACUACUAUCCUUCCCCACCUUUACAUAGCGAACUCCCGACACAGAUGGCUCCACAGGCGGUGACUGGAAUGAAUGAGUCAAGGCAGCGGGUUGGCCAGCGGCGGCAUAACGGGUAUAAUGUGGGAUCAAGAUCCCAGUCUCAACCUCCCCCGUUAUCUGAAGUAUAUUCGAUACCGAGUUAUGGGCGUGGGGGGUCGUCUGCAAGGGGUGUUACUGGUUCGGAGGAUGAUGAUUUUGCCGAUCACUCUUCCAACGGGACCCCAGUAACUCCCCCUGAGGAGGAGCCGGACGAGUAUGUUGGUUACUAUGCAUAUGGCGGGUCACUGCAGAGCGCUCCGGCGGUCGUUGACCCGGUUGGCGAAGAAGAGGAGCCCUUUAUGGAGCAAAAGUCUAUCGUUGAUCGUCAGUCAAUUUCGCUUGGUGGCCCGGGCUCAUUUGAGGAUCGUGGACCGGUCAUCGUAAACGGGUCUAUCUCGACGUCUUCGGUUCCGUGUCCUGGUACUCCGUAUUCAGGCCUUCCGCUCCCUUCUGAAGAGUUGUAUCAGUACGAUGGAUCUAUGUCAGGUGUAGAUCCAGGUGGGUCUGAGAGACCUGGCGAUGAAUCUUUGGAUUCGAAGGCCACUAGGAACAAUACGUCUUCCCUCGCCCAGAAGCUCCUCGAAGUGCAUAUUCAAGCAGCCGUUGGACACCCUGAGGCAGGGUUUACCGGUUCUGGCCAGAGACAAACAUAUGACGGCGGCCCGUCUUCGGCGAGUGUCUCCACCUCGAGUCUCCUUUCCUCUCCUCAAAACACGCAACCGUCCCAGGUGACGUCUGACGAUGAUGUGGACUCUUCCGUUUCCCCUAGGCUGUCGCCUAACUUGCGCCAGCGCGCAGCCAGGGAGCAGCUUCUGUGGAGCAAUUCUAGGGCUCCAUCUGUCGAUAAUGCUAAGUCCAAGAUGUCUGUUGCUUCGCAGGAAGACCUUGCACCACCUCUGACACCUGUACCCGGGGCUCGGUCUCCAUCACCUACACCCGCGCCACUCUCAAUACUAGCCCCAGUGCCGGCCCCAGCGAGGAAGGAAUCUAGUAGUACUUUACCAUCAAAGCCUGGACAUAAUGGGUAUAGUGGGAGGAGAAGUGGGAGAAAUCAUUCUGCACAGGUGCCUCCCACCCUAGUGGAUAAGUCUUCCAAGAAUUCUGGUGGGUCUAGAGGCAACGGGAACAUCAAUAACCCCAAGCAAAACUCUGGGACUAAGUCUGAUGCGAAAGCGUUCAAGAUGCGGAAGGUCAAAAAGAGGAACUCACCCAAACCAAAUGAUUCUCCUCCUGUUAACGAAGCGGACCGGAAGGGUGGAUAGUUGGCUGCCUCCUCUUCCACACUCCACCUAGCCGCCAGGCGUUUAGGGUGGAGUGGAGUUUGUACGAUGAAAUUGUUGAUACAUGACAAAAAGUGAUGACCCUGGCGCAGGAGUGUAAUUGAUUGUUUUUUCUUAACUCUAUAUGCGGUUGGCCCCUGUUUUGUGCUUUUUUCCUUUUGUUUGCACUUGGGAUUAAUGGUGGCGGGUUUUGAGAAUGCGUGAUUUCUAUUUCCUUUUCUUCCCCGGCAUUUCUUUCUUGCCCCCUUUCCCCGUGAUAUUUCAGAAUCAAUGUGGGUUUCUUGGUCUGUUAUAUCUUAUUAAUACGGAAACGGGAUUGAUUCAUGGCAACUGCAUUGUUCAUAUCAUUCUUAUCACCUUUCUUCCCUAGUUUUUUUUGUAUUCCCACUUUGGUUUCUUUCCCACUGGCUUAUUUUUAAAUUUUCCUUUUUUAUGUUUUGCGUUAUUUCGGGGCCUGCUCUUUUAUAAACAAACACCUUUUUUUUUCCACUUUCCUUUUUUUCCGGGUUUCUUUUGUUUUGCUUUUUCACGUGAUGGAGGAAGGUAGCUUGUGGAAUUGGAUGCAGCAUGGGAAAAGAAGGUACAGGGAUCUAUGAAGAACAAUCUUUCUUCAUUUCACCAUGCAUCGCCAUAACGAACAACUAGGCGGAGCACAAGGUUUUCUCGCCCUCUACAGAGAGAAAUAGCCUGAAGCAUCGCCAUCGCCAUCACCAUCACCAUCACCAUCACCAUCAUGACAGAGGAGACUACCAAUUCUCUCCCGCUCUCCCUUUUUUUUAUUUUUAUUUUUACCCCGCUUUCGAUUCCAAUAUAUAUAAAAAAAAUUCCAUUUGCAGCUUUUCUUUUGUAUUAAUCCUUAUUCCUUUUUCGCUCGCUUGGGGCCUUCAUUAUACUCUUAUACACCGGGGUUUUCUUUUUAUUGCGUCCUUGCUCUCUUUUUUUUUGACAAUUUUUUUACCAUGGGAUGCAGCGGAUGCGGAUGGAUUGGUGUCUUGUUUGGGAGUCUUUUUGCUUUAAUUUGUUUCCUUUAUAUAUAUAUAUUAUAUCUGGCUUUU